GUCUAAAGGGAAAUGAUUUCCUCCAAACAUCACCAAGGACACAAAGACGCCUCCAUGCAAGGCCUAAUCAAGCUCCUGACUUGAACUGCAAGACAAUCAAUCUCAAAUGUGAAGAAUUCUUUCUUCAUUACAUGCCUUUGGGCUUUCUUGUAUUACUACCCCAUUAUUUGUAACACAGUGAAGACAACAGGAAUUAGCCAAAAAACUUAAAAUUAAAACCAGUUACCAAUACUAAAAACCAGACAUGGAGUCGUCUAGUCCUUAUCCCGUAGGCUCACCAGAGAUUGUGGUCUUCGACUUGGAAACAACGGUGCCCAAUAGAGCCGGACAACGGUUCCGGGUACUGGAGUUUGGUGCAAUAACAGUUUGUCCACGGAAACUUGUUGAGCUAGAUAGCUAUAGUACCCUCAUAAGACCUAAGGACUUGUCUGCUGUUGCAUUGAAGUCUGGUCGAUGUGAUGGAAUAACUCGUGGAGCUGUUUCAAAUGCACCUGCAUUCGAGGAAGUUGCUGAUAAAAUUUUUAGUAUUUUGAAUGGUAGAAUUUGGGCAGGACAUAACAUCCAAAGAUUUGACUGUGUCCGGAUUAAGGAGGCAUUUGCAGAGAUUGGUAAGCCGGCGCCAGUUCCUGCUGGAAUGAUUGAUUCUUUAGGAGUCCUGACUGAAAGAUUCGGCAGAAGAGCCGGUAACAUGAAGAUGGCAACUUUAGCUGCUUAUUUUGGACUCGGCAAGCAAAAACACAGGAGUCUCGAUGACGUUCGUAUGAACUUAGAGGUCUUGAAGCAUUGCGCUACGGUUUUAUUCCUGGAAUCAUGCCUUCCAAGCGUUUCGAAUGCCAAAUGGUGCAACCCUUCAACAAUAGUAACUCGAAGCAGAAGUAAUGGAAAACUGCCGUGUAGGGAAGAAAAUAGCCGAAAAUCACCUCCAACUACUCUUGGAUAGCAAAGAGCAGUUC